AUGGUGCUAAGACCGCCCGUCGCCCAGGCUGGAGAGGACGGGACCCCCUACAGGCCGGGGUCGCGUGUCACUCUGAGCUCCAGCGAGGCGGAGCCACGGCGCUGGCAGGACACCGGCAUGCUGCUGAGCAUGGCUGGAGACGAAGGCCGGGCCGGGAGAUCCAGCAAGUCAGGGAAGGGAGGCGCGAGUUCCAAGACGAAGGCUUCUGGGAAGGGCGCCAAGACGUCAAGGGGUGCGUCGGCGUCGGCCGUCAAGUCGGAUCCGAUGCCCACAGAGGAGGAGUCGUUUGCGGUGCUGGGGCUGGACGAUGUCCCCCCCGGUUCGUACAAGGACGAUCUGCACCCCAACCUGAGGAUCCCCCCAAAGAAGAAAAGCCGCGCCUACAGGAGGGAGGGCAGGAUCAGCAAGGACAGGGUGCGCUGGAGGACUUUCGAUGAGCUGACGCUGGCCACCGACGAGGCCAUCCGGGAGACUGCCAACCGCCGCAACCAGAAGCACUACAGAAAGGGCAACCUUCAUGCGGCGGACAAGCCCGUCAGCUUCCCCAAGCGCAGCCUGGCCCCCGUCCCCUUCCGGAACCCCCAGAACAAGAAGCUCCCGGAGUCUCCGAUGACGGCCUGGAGGACGGACAAGCUGGCCGACCUCACGUACACCCAGUUCUGGACGCUGGUCAGAGAGAGGGCGGUUGAAAAGGCAACGUACUCGGACGACCGGCGAUCGCUGUAUGUCACCCUCAAUGAGCACGCUCCUGGAGGGGCUCGGACUGAGAAGGUGGUCCUGCCCUUUGACCCUGACCUCUUUGAGCACAUGCUCGAACAUGGAGUGUACAUCGACUACGAGAAGCCCAACCCCUUUUACCCCAUCCUCCAUUCCAUUGCUCGCCUCUUCUUCCCCAUCACCUUCGCCCUGUGGCUGGUCCAAUUCACCUUCAGGAUGGGGCGGAAGAAGAAGAGGGACGACAUCUUUGGAGGCAUCAAGAUGCAAAGCAUCCAGCCUGGCAAGGCGCAGUACGACUUUACCGAUAUCGCUGGAAUUGACUCGGCCCCCUGCAUCCUCUUCAUCGAUGAGUUUGAUGGCGUGGGCAAGGCCCGUUCCGCCACGGCCGGGAACGAGGAGGCAGUGCACACCAUCAACCAGCUGCUGUCAGAGCUGGAUGGAUUUGAUGACAACACGGGCGUGGUGGUCUUUGCUGCGUCCAACAGGCCGCAAUCUCUGGACUCUGCCCUGACCAGACCAGGGCGGUUUGAUCGCAUCAUCACACUGCCCUAUCCCAAUCUGGAGGGACGCAUCCAGGUGCUCAAGGUGCAUGCUCGCGGCAAGCGCGUGGCCCAGAACCUGGACUACCACAAGAUCUCACGCGCCACCGCCGGCUUCUCAGGAGCCCAGAUCAUGAACUUGAUGAACAAUGCUGCAAUCGUGGCUGCGCGGCAGGGGCGCCUGGAAAUCUCAGAUGCCGAGGUCUUCGAGGCCUUGGAGAGGAUCACGCUUGAAGAGUUGGGGGACAGUGGAGUGGAGUACGAUCUCACGGAGAUCCCUCAGUCUGUGCGAUCCAGCAUCGCCGUUUACGAGGCCGCUCGCGCCCUCGUGGGCUACAUCACUCCCGACUUUGAUGAAGUGCAGCGGGUAUCGGUGUGCCCCAAUGGCACAGCGACGGGCUCCACCUACUUCCUUCCCCUGGAGGAGCAACUGGAGACCAGGAUCAUCGAGAGGGGAUAUCUGGAAUCUAAAAUGGUGGUGGCACUGGCGGGUCGGUGUGCGGAGAUGCUGGUCCUGGGGGAGGCCAACUACACCUCGUCUGCUGGCGAAGACCUGACCCUGGCCAACUACAUCGCGCGUGAGAUGGUCUACCACUCCGGCUUUGGCGCCCGCAUGGGCCCAGUGGCUCUGCAGGACGACGAUGAGAACUUCCUGAUGCGCGAGAAGUCGGAGCCGGUGUCCAACAUCUCCACGGAGCUGUCCCUGGUGGCCUAUCAGGACGUGAAGGACAUCCUGGCCGCAGCCGAGGCCAAGGCCUACUAUGGCAUCGUCAAGAACUACGCGGCCUUCGAGGCCCUGGUCCAGAAUCUGACCGUGCGCGAGACGCUGACCGGGACGGAGAUCAGCGACAUCCUGGACAAAUUCCCGCUGGAGCGGUACCCUCGGUCCACCCUGUCGGGCUUCUACUGGGAGGAGGAUGGGAGCGUGGGCUACCCGGGCAAGCCAAAGACGCACGAGGGGCGGCUGGUGAAGGUGGGCGUCACCCGUAACGGCGUGGAGAUCGGCGCAGACACGGGCAACGGCGCCGCGCCCGCCAACGGCGCGGAGGGCACUAACGGCAGCGGCAAGGGCAAGGGCAAGGAGCGGUACGUGCCCGAGUGGUGGGCGCCCGGCAACCCGUACGCCGUGCGCAGCAACAUGGGCCGGCUGCUCCUCCGCGAAGGGAUGUAG